UAUGAUACUGAAAUUGUUUCCCAAUUUCGGCAGGCCGGCGCUGUCCCGACGUGGAAACGCUGGAUAGUGUAAAAGCCCUGGAAGAGUCUGUAUUUCUUGCUACCCGCACCCGACGGGCUACAUUACCAUCCCUGAUUUUCUCUCCUUUGCUGAUCCUAAUCCCUUUUUCCGCCUGUUAAACCCACCCUGCAAGAAUCCCGUGCUGUCCUUCCCGCUGAAUCUUCGUAGCGAUGAAACUGCGAAUCGUCCACCAAAGUCAGGAUUAUUGCGGCGGUGAGGAACGGCCGGUGAAGAAGGAGGAGGAGGUGGAGGUUCAGCCGACGCCGGAGCCGCCGAGUCGUGAUUUGCCUGAAAACGAACCCGUAGAGGAGAAUUCCGCGCCCCUGGAGGCUGCGCCUGUUUCUUAUUUUGACCCAAUGCUUGUUUCCGGCAAGCGGCGGAGGAAGCCCAAGGAGAUGUUCGACGAGAUUUCGCCUGUCGUUAUAAGGAGGAAGACGAAGCCCGCUGGUACUUCCAAAUCGAAAGAUGGCAUGCCUGAUAGUAGGGGAGCAUGGACAGGCAGUAAAGUUGAUGCCGGUUUUGGUGGAUCAAGCACUUCAGAGCAAUCAAAAUCGCCUACCAUGAUUCGAGCUGAGGAAGUUUUAUCGAGCUUAGGCAAUGAGCGCCCGGCUAUCUUGAAAUUGCUAGUCAGAUCGCAUGUUGGCAGUUGUUUUUGGAUGGGUCUUCCUGUGCCUUUCUGCAAGAUGCACUUGCCUAGCAGGGAUGCUAUCGUUUUUCUUGAAAAUGAAAAUGGCGAAGAGUUUCCGAUUAAAUACAUUGCGCAUAAGACGGGACUAAGCGCCGGGUGGAGAAGGUUUGUUGCUGGAAACAAAUUGCUUGAAGGAGAUGUUCUUAUCUUCCAGCUGACCGAGCCUUGCAGAUUUAAGGUGUACAUAAUUCGGGCGAAUGAUCUCACCGAGGUUGAUGGUGCCCUUAGCCUUCUAAUCUUGGAUUCUCAAACGAAGCAAAUCGAUGCUGAGGGAGGAGGUAACAUGGACAGACAAAGCAAGAAGAAGAGAAGACCAAAAUCUCUCCCCUUAAUGGUCGUGCAGGAGAAGAAACAAUUGGAAGACGAUGAAUUAGGACAUGAAUUCCCUCUACCAGAGGAACAUUCCGGAAAUGACAGCGACGAGGUUGCAUCCGAAGUUCUGGAGGGCACAAAAUUUUCCGGAUCCUCUUCCCAAUUCAGCGAUGUCCGAAGCUACGAGGAAUUCCACAUCGUGGUUAACGGCAUCUGCAUCGACUCGGAGCUUCCCGAAGACGCUCAUCGAAAAUACUACGAAUUAUGCAGCAGCCAGAACGCAUUCCUCCAUAGCCGUCUUCUCCCGGGCCUCCACAGCAAGUUAGCCGCGAGCAUCCUCGUCGAAACCAUCAACAUCGGUGACGCAAUUAGGUGCAGCACGCUGACGACUCCAAGAAAGGAUUUUGAAGUCUGGGAGAAGUCUCUAAGGUCUUUCGAACUUCUGGGUCUAAAUGUGGGAUUUUUACGGGCUCGUCUUAGUCGGCUGCUGAGCCUCGCACACGACUCAAACAGUGCGGCGCAGGCUCGGAGAUAUUGGGAAGCCCAGAAAGAGCUCGAUCGAACCGAGCACGAGGUCCAGAAAGUCGAAGCGAAAUUGAUUGAAUUAAAAGAAAUAUCAGCGGCAUUCCGGCGGGACGUCGACAAUUUGAAGAGCAAGGCUGAAAUGUAUGAGGCUAAGUUCCAAGAAGAGGCCGAUGCACCAUGGUGAAGCUUGUCUGUCCAUCGAUCAUGGACACACACAGCAGGACAUACAAUACAACAGUAGCUUAAGUUGUCUGUUUCUUUCAGUGUUUUUUAUAUGUUUCUUGAACAUUAUAUAUAUAUAUAUGUAUGUGUGUGUGGGUGUGUGAUGUUUGUAAGGAUGCUAACCUGGAACAGAGGCCCAAACUAAUGUUUAGUGGUUUGAAAAGGUUUUAUUGAAGUGUGUUUUUAUGAA